AUGGCGACUGUUAGGCAGGCGUCUCUUCAGAGAGCUCGAUAUAAGAAAGCAAUAUCCCAGCAGGAUCUAGAUUCUUCGCGUACAGAGCCCUUUAGAACGGGAGUCCCCCAUCGAUUACCGCUUCCACCGCUUCUAUCUGCCCCCACGCCCUCUGGUCCAAGUCUCUUCUUCACUGGCACAUCCCAGGGGGCAAUCAAGCCCGUAGCUCGGCGGCCCCUUGCCCCGGAGCCGACGCUCACAGUCAUGGAGCCAACAGAGGGCGCUGCUCCAGUCAAAACAUACGGAUGCCCCAGGCAGUUGAGCAAUUCUCUCCUGUCUGAUCUUAGGUUGCUGUCACAGGCAUGCGGACGUGCAUCACGGCCUCUUGCAGAAGCUCUGUGUUACUGGAACAUGGCCGUCGAGUAUGAAGCUGCCUUCCUCUUGAAGGAGGCCAUAGCUUACUUUAGAAAGUUCAUCUUCCCCUGUGUUCGGGCAGGCUACACACCUGGAGUCGUUGCAGGACUCAGCUCAAUAGCGGCGGCUCUUUACUGCCAAGGAAACUACUCAGAGGCCAUAACGGCGUGCGAGACGGCACUGGAGGCUGUCCCCGAGGCCAUUCAUGUCUGUGAAUCGACCACUGGUGGCUGGGUAACGUCUUCAAUGGCAGCUGCAAGCAUUCUAAACACCAUCGGCCUUUGUUUCACGCAGCUCCUGGACUACGAGGCAGCCACGGUGGCCUUCUCUCGCGCGCUUCAGCACUCACUUCAGGUGGCAGAUCAGAGAGUAGAGAAGGCCAUCUGCGCAAACCAAGCCAGCGCAAACGCCCUUGUGGGAGACUUCGUAAAGGCUGAAAGCUGCCUGGAGCGCCACAUUGAGCUUUCUAACACAUUGGGAACGGUUAGCGAAAGAAACAUUGAGACUACUCUUGGCCUCAGGGGCUUGGAGUCCGAUGAAUACCAAGCUAUGGGUCCUCCGGAUGCGACAUCGAAAACGGCCAACGUCCUGGAAACCUCCGCGAUCCUCUCGAGACUUGGGUCGCUUGCGCGCGUCCACGGUGAGUAUGAGAGUUCACGACAGUUCUACCAGCGGGCCUACAACCUAGCUAUUCGCUCUGGUGACUUUGAGCACGCAGUAACCGCGAGCUGUGCGAUCGGGCUUGCAAAGGGAACUGAAAGCAUAAAGGAGGCCCUGUCUGCAAUCCAACAGGAAUCGGCUGGCGUUGAGGAGGCCAAUGAUUGCGACAUAGAGAGCAUUCAAGACAUUUCCAAAAAUUGA